CCAAAACCCCGCACCCACGUCCAACAGUCACACUUAAUUUCGGCUUUGCGCCAAAAUUAAAUCACUGCUGCCUCAGUACCUAUUCGCACGUUCAAUUGGCAGGACGCGUUUCGCCUCUAAAUGGAUUUUUUCAAUUUAAAAAAAUAAAUUUAAAAACCUUCAAAUAAAAUUAGUAAUGUUGUCGCACCGCGUGGCAAUGACUGUUGAAAGUCAUGUGGUUCUGUGGUUUUUGUGUUUUAUAAGCUGUGGUCUUGGCUCUCCUGAGGGGGAUCCCUCUCGGGAAGUGCUCCUGGUUAUCGCCUGUCCGCCGUAUCCACGUCAUGCCCAGGCAGAGUGCUUCAGCUUAUUAGAAAACAUUCAAGUCCAGCAUCUGCAAAUGGAACAGGCUGGGACGGUCCCCGGGGAUUAUGUCCUUAAUGUGCAUGUGAUGCACGAGCUUUUCAAUUACUGGACAGUGCUGGACGCACUGCCUCAUUUGGGAGGCCAGACACGUCUCAUAAAGGCGCACACGGAAUGGAUUAUUUGGUGUCAAUACAACACACAUGUGGCUUCCCUGCGCGACCUGCUCGAGCAACUUCGUCGCCAAAACCCGGCGGAGCUUGCUUAUUAUGGACACGCCCUGUAUGAUACGGAGGCCACCAUUGUCCAUCACUUUGCCCAUUAUAAGAACCCGCAGUGGUUUCCGUAUCCAAUGCUCAGAGCCGGAAUUAUUUUCACAGGUGUCUUGCUACGAAGGCUUGUGGAGCUUACUGCCCCUAAUGCCCACAACAGUAGCCGUCCCAGCGAGUUCUCCAUCGAUGCAUCUCAUGAGCUGGCGCGCUUCAUUUUCGACAACUUGUCGCAGGACCCGCGGCACGGAGCUGCCAUGUCUGGGAAAAUCAUUCUGAAAAAUGCCGCCUACAUUUGUCCCACGGCUGGGGCAAGGAAAUCCUCGGAGAUUGUGACCAGAGUCGCUCCUCCUCCUCCAUGUGCAAUGCAUGCAGCAUCGGAGGAGCCAUCUGGCUGGCUGCCCUCGACUCUGGGGCAUCGGAAGGAGCGCUGUUUUCAUACAACAGGAUCACAUAUAUAUUUCGCAAUCAAAACCUGUGCGAAAUUCCAUAAGGAACGAAUUCCGAUAGUCGAACGCACCUGGGCAGGCGACGCCAGGAACCGGAGAUACUACAGCGACGUGGCAGACGUCAGCAUACCGACAAUCAGCACUGGCAUACCGAACGUCCAGACAGGACAUUGUGCCAAAACAAUGGCAAUUUUACAAUUAUCCCUCAAGGAUAUCGGCCAGCAAAUGGACAUACGCUGGCUCAUGCUCGUCGACGAUGAUACGCUGCUGAGUGUGCCCCGGCUAAGUGAACUGUUGAGCUACCACGACCACAGGGAGCUCAUGUAUCUGGGACAGCGCUACGGCUACCGCCUGCAUGCCCCGGAUGGCUUCAACUACCACACGGGAGGAGCCGGAAUCCUGCUCAGCCUGCCCCUGGUGCGCCUCGUCGUCGAGCGCUGCAGUUGUCCGAGUGACAAUGCUCCGGACGACAUGAUCCUGGGCUACUGCCUGCAGGCGCUGGGCGUAGCGGCGGUACCAGUUGCCGGAAUGCAUCAGGCCCGGCCGCAGGACUAUGCGUGCGAACUGCUGCAGCUGCAGCCACCAGUGUCCUUUCAUAAAUUCUGGAACAUGGAGCCGGAGCAGACCUACCGACAAUGGCUACACGGUGGCAGUAGUGGUGGCAAUAGAAGUGCUCCGCUUGGGGUGGCCAAGCCACGGCUUCAUCCCAACGACGCUGCUCAGCUGCUCCUGCCUGGAGGCGGCGAGAUGUAUCCUCUGGAUUCGCAUGACAAGCAUUUGGAUCUCUAGUUCGCUCAGAUUCCUCUGUUGUACAAUUUGGUUCCUAAGGAAACUAGAAAUCUUAUUUUGGAGGGAAAAUAGGAAGUAUCAACGAACUUGUAUUAAUAGUUAUAAUUAGUAUAUAGAAAGUGAUGUUAUACACAUAAAUAAAUCAAAAUUAUAGAA